AUGCGGCCGAUGGAUGCAGAGCAGCUUCGGGAGUGCGGGCACCGGAUGGUGGAUUUCAUUGCCGACUACUAUAAAUCCAUCGAGACAUUUUCCGUCCUCAGUCAAGUCCAGCCAGGAUAUCUAAAUGAACUUCUUCCAGAUUCAGCUCCAAAUCGACCUGACACUUUGGAUGCCCUUUUUGAUGAUAUACGAGAGAAGAUAGUACCGGGAGUAACUCACUGGCAAAGUCCAAAUUAUUUUGCUUACUAUCCCUCAAAUAGUAGCACUGCUGGAUUCCUGGGGGAGAUGCUUAGUGCUGCCUUUAACAUCGUUGGCUUCAGUUGGAUAACCUCUCCUGCUGCAACCGAGUUAGAGGUUAUAGUCUUAGACUGGUUUGCAAAAAUGCUUAAGCUUCCAAGCCAGUUUCUAUCAUCUGCGGUUGGUGGAGGAGUAAUCCAGGGUAGUGCCAGUGAAGCUGUCCUUGUUGUACUAUUGGCUGCACGAGAUAGAACCUUAGAAAUGCACGGGAAAAAAUCCCUUGAAAAAUUAGUAGUUUAUGCAUCUGAUCAGACACAUUCUGCUCUGCAAAAGGCAUGCCAGAUUGCAGGAAUUUUCCCAGAGAACUUCAGACUUGUGAAGGCUGACUACAGUAAUAGUUACGCCGUUGCACCUGAAGCAGUUAGUGAAGCCAUUUCCGUUGACUUGUCAUCUGGGUUGAUACCAUUCUUCAUCUGUGCAACAGUCGGCACAACAUCUUCAUCGGCCGUGGACCCCUUGCAUAAAUUAGGAAAGAUAGCACAGGCCCAUGACAUGUGGUUCCACAUUGAUGCUGCAUAUGCUGGAAGUGCUUGUGUAUGCCCAGAGUACCGACAUCACCUUGACGGGGUAGAAGAAGCUGAUUCAUUCAAUAUGAAUGCACACAAAUGGUUUCUCACAAACUUCGACUGUUCCUUGUUAUGGGUUAAGGACAAGAGUUAUCUCAUAGAAGCAUUAUCUACAAAUCCAGAGUAUCUUAAGAAUAAGGCUUCCCAAGAAAACUCCGUUGUUGAUUCCAAGGAUUGGCAAAUUCCACUUGGCCGUCGUUUUAGAUCACUCAAGCUAUGGAUGGUAUUGAGGCUUUAUGGCGUGGAAAACCUGCAGAGCUAUAUCAGAAAGCACAUGCAGUUGGCUAAACAGUUUGAACAACUUGUAUUAUCUGAUUCAAGAUUUGAGGUAGUAACUCCAAGGAACUUUUCCCUUGUGUGUUUCCGCCUUCUGCCCCCAACUUCGGAGGAUGACAAUGGCCGUAACCUUAACUACAGCCUAAUGGAUACCUGUAACUCAAGUGGAAAGAUCUUCAUAUCACAUACGGUUCUUUCCGGAAAAUUUGUCUUGAGAUUUGCCGUUGGAGCACCACUGACCGAGGAGAAACAUGUGGAUGCUGCUUGGAAGCUUUUGCAAGAUGAGGCCAGCAAGAUCUUAGGAAGUUUGUAG